GAUUUCAUCAUAAAAAAUAUUCUCAUCUUGAAUUACAUACUCUAUUCUUUUAGUGGGAAAAGAAAUAAAUCUCAAAACCCCUUUAUAUAUAUCCAAAAUCUUCGAAGCUAAAGGCAUAUGAUGACGAGCUUUUGCAGCAGAAAAGUCCACCCUUUCUUGUGUUUAUCAAAUUCCAAACACAACGGAACACUACUAGACUUUUCCCUCCCCCGCCUAGAUAUUUUUGCCGGCGCUUCAAUCGGCGGCGAUAACUGUGACCCUCAAAACACAACCAGUUACUCCAUGAUCCCGCUAGCCGCCGCAGAGAAAAAGGAUCCCGGCGGAAUUGGGUUCAUAGACGAAGUUGGAGGGAGUGUUGAUGGAUUAAUGUCUUGUACAGAGAGUCUCGGUUUCGAGAGUUGUGAUGAGAGGACAAUAGAUGAUCAAAUUGAGGAUCUAGGUUAUCGUGAUGAAUUAGCUUUGUAUUCUAGGCAAUCAAGUUGUAGCCAUAGUAAUACUUCAAGGUGCUGGCAAAGAAGUAAUUUGGGGGAGAAGAAAGAGAAGAAGGAGUUUCCACCACCAUUGUCGUCGUUAAGUCAAGAUGGCAAACCCAAUUUCUUCAUGCGUGCGGUGAGGAAAGAUGGACGGUUAGAAUUGACAGAGGUGAAAAUUGAUCGACCCGAAACCCUCCGUGCUUCCCGCCAAGAUGGACGGUUGAGAUUGCAUCUAAUUCGCGAUCUCGAAGAAGAAGCAGAGGAGGAAAACGAAGAUGAAACAGAGGAUGAAGAUGAAGAAGUAAUUGAAACAGAUGACGAAAUAAUUGAAGAAGAAGAGUGGAAGUUCCCGGUGUCAGGAAGUGGAAUCGGAGAUGGUCAUCGGAGAUGUUACGACGGUCAUGGUAAUAACCACCACCACGAUUUACAUUUGUGGAGGCAACGGUGUGUGACAACUAGGUGAAUUUUCAUUGAAGUAGGGACAAAGCCAUCUGAAUCUGUUUCUCGUUCAACUACAUACUCUGCCAUUUGAAAGGGAAUCCCAAAAAAAGAGUGGAAGAUGAUGACGACCCAAUGAAGUUGGAAUUAAGAAUCUGCCGGCGGCCGCCACUGAAAAAGCAUUGGGAUUCUGUUUUGCAUCAGAGAAGAAUCAGUUACCUAAAUUUCCGAAAAGACGUACAGUACAGUACAGUACAGUCCCUACAUAGUAUAGAGAAAUUUUUUAUCUUUUUCUCUAAAUUUUGCAGCAUUUAGCCAUACUAUCUUAUGUAAGAUCAAUUGAAAAUUAAAUUAUAUUUAAUUAUAUAAUAAGAUAAACGAAUUAUAAUUCAGUACUA